UCAACUAAAAUAAUCUGAAAGCUCUGUUUAGGAUUUGGCUGUAGGAAAAAGAUAUGCUCCCACACAGUCUAAUGCAUUUUACUAGCUCUAUUUGCAUUGCCUCAUACAUCAAAUGCUUCCACCCAAUGUUGCUUAAUCUGUGUGCGUAUAUCUAUAUAAGAAGAAUUGGAAUGUAACUGCAUUAACUGCUAUCAAUUGCCAACUACAGGAAACCACAUCAUCUGAGACCAACCCUUUCCAUUUAUAACUUAGAUCUGAAGUCGUGGUUCCUUUUGGUGGAGUAAGCAUUUAGAAACUAAGAUAUGGAACACAGAAGCAUAAAAAAUGAAGCCUAAAAUGAAGUAUUCAACCAAGAAAAUUUCCGUAGCAAAGCUGAACAGCACAGCAAACAAAGCCUUGGUGAAACCUUACGAGCUGAUAAAAUCCCAGCAGAAGACUGAAGAAGUUUGCCAUUUGUACUCUAUGGAGCUACGAUCUGGCCUUACCAUAGAAAAGAGGGCCUGUUACAUCAGGAAAAGAACCAGCAAAAGGCCUUCUUUAGGAAAGAACCCACCACAAACAGGUGGAAAAGAAUCUCUGUCAUUCACUGCCUAUCGACAGCAGUCUACUGUGGAGCAUUUUGCCUUUGGUGUGCCUGAGAUCCAGAGACAUACUAAAAGAUUUCAUGUUCCAAGGACCACAGGAAUUUCACCUAUUACAGAAUCUUUUGCUUCCCUAAGCACAUACAAUGAUCAAUCCAUUACUUUUGUUUUGGAGGAUGGAAGUUAUGAGAUCUAUAUUGAAGACUUAAAAAAAGAUGACAAGAAAGAAAAGGUGUUACUGCGUUACUACGAGUCUCAGCGUUCCUCAAGUGAAUCAGGUGAUGAUGUCGAUGGUAAAAUGUUAAUGGUAAACCUGGGUCCUCCUACGAAAGACCACUGGCUGCAUGCCAACAACAAGGAGCAUUCUGUGGAGCUCCAUAAGAGUGAAAAACCAUUGCCGGAGCAGGCCUUCUUUGUCCUUCAUAAGCAGCCCUUCAAAUCUGUUUCAUCUGAAUGUGUUUCAUUUGAAUGUAAGAACUAUCCUGGAACAUAUCUAGGUGUAAAGGAUAAUCAACUUGCUCUAAUUAAAGUAGACUGUUCUGAGAGUUUGAGUAGUGAGAAUAUCAUGUUUAAACUCUCUAAAACUUAAUGUGAUGGAAAGCUGUGGGUCUUGGAUUGGGUAGCCCAAAUGCCACCCACUGGAGAAGGAAUGAGAGGUAAAGAGAUGGGCAACAUGCAAGGGAAAUUGAGAGUGCUUAGCAUGCUAUGGAAUGUUUUCUUUCUUAUGUAAAAAUAUUUUUUUCUUGUCCUUCAGUUCUGUUUUGUAUUUCCCUCUGUAUAACUGCAUAUUCAAUACAAGCAUCAAUGUAUUAAGUAGAGUAUUGGCAAAGAAACUGCAAACAUACAGUUUGUAGAAAGAAAGAACUUCAUAUUUAGAGCUGAGACCUUUGGGGAGAGUAAGGGCAACAGAUCAAGUCUCUCUUUAGACAGGGAUCCAUUUUAAAGAGCUACAUAGAAAAAUCAUUUUCCCUGGUUCCAAACAACAGGCUCAAACAGUAGACCUGCUAGUAAAAGGAAGACCAGAUACAAGAUAGAUUGACCAUUUCUCAACUGGAAUAAAACACCAACUUUGUUAGCCAACACUCAGAUCAGCUCUCUCUUACUCUAAGGGGUUAUGGAACUUUGAAUGCCUACAUGGCUAGCCAGGUAAUAUAAAUGUGUGAAAAUACAACAAUAGAAAAAUUAAGAAAAAUAAAUCCAGUAUUUGUAAAGUGAAUAAUUUCAUUACUAAUUCUUUCAUUUUUAAAAUUCUGGUUUUACAUACUGAGUUUAAGCAAGGAAUUCUUACAUUAGGAAGUAAAAUAAAUUUUAAUUCAGACAUAACAUUUUAUUUAUUGAGAAUAUCUAGCAAAUUAAAACAUUAAAAAAAAAUACUGAGCUACAAUAUAUUUUAGGGCACCCAAGUACCAUGGAAUCCAAGUACCAUAGUGAGACCAGAAGUCUUCUAACCUACUAGAGCCUAGAUGAA